CAAGAGGAAAAGGGAAUGAAGUUAAGAGAAGAGAUUGAAGUUAAGAGGAAAAAAGUUGGAGAUAAGAGAAAGAAGCUGGGAGUUAAGAGGAAGGAUAUUGGAGUUAAGAGGAUGGAGAACGGAAUUAAGAGGAAGAAGGGGAUCGGUAUUAAGAGGAAUAAGAUUGUGACAAAGAGGAAGGAAGUUGGAGUUAAGAGGAAUAAUAUAGGAACUGAGGGAUGUACUAACGCUAAGCAGAAAAUAAAAUUCGAGUUUAGCAUGGCAAGAAUACUUCUCAUGGCUAUGGAUUUAUUACUUUACAUCCUCCACUCAUGCAUGCCCUCAUUAAUGCAUCACCCGCCCAUGGCCUGGUUUAUACUCCUCUGCCCUGAACCAUCACCAGUCACUACGCAGUGUUGGCUCAUCGAGGACACACCGUACGACUAACAGCACUCUCCUGCUCGCUGCUUGCUUCCAUAAUCUCACUCAGUGGCCGGUGCUUGAACAACAAGAAGGGGAGAACAGGAGAACCAUUCUUGAGAACCCAGCUAAUCGUAUCUAUGGCCUUUGAAAAUAGUGGUGAUGAGAGAGCAGAGCGUUUCAGAACACGGGCCACAGACAGAACAACCAGUGUCGGACGACAUUGCCACAGCACGGACGUCCCCACACGAGGUAGAGCUAUAUCACCCUUCGCUGGUUUACGACAGUUGACGCCAGCAUGGGGGACAGACUGAACUCGCUGCUCAUCACCACGAUGGGAUGCGUGCCGGCGAGGCUGGUGCUGGCGUUGAUGUGUCUGCUGGGAUUCAUCAACCUGUACAUGGUGCGGGUGAACCUGUCCGUCAUCAUAGUGGCCAUGGUGAGGAGAAAUACUUCUCUUGAAGGCCACCGAGCGCCCUGCCUCUCUUACCUGCCAACCAACGGCUCACUCGAUGACGGAAAGGCGGGAGCAGCGGGCAUAGAGGACAUGGACCAGGAAGGCGAGCUGGAAUGGAGCGAGUCUGUGCAGGGCUUCGUGCUGGGCAGCUUCUUUUACGGCUACGCCAUAACCCAGAUCGUAGGGGGCCGCGCCGCUGAAGUGUACGGGGUACGAUGGGUGUUCGGCAGCUGCAUACUGGCGGGAGGCGUGUCAGCUUUACUUUCACCUAUUGCUGCCAGAACGCACUACGGUCUUCUCAUCACCGUCAGGUUCCUGCAGGGCAUGUGUCAGGGUGUGUCGUGGCCAUCUAUGCAUGCCCUCAUCGUGCUGUGGAUCCCGCCGUUGGAGAGGCCACGGUUCAUCGGCUUCGUUUACUUCGUCACGGCGAUGUCAGCUUGGUUGACAUUUGUGGUGUGCGGCUUCAUUAUCGCCGCCUGGGGCUGGGCUGUGGCCUUCUACGUGACGGGGCUGCUAUCCAUAUUGUGGUGCUUCUUAUGGUUCGCCUUCAUGUACAACUCCCCGGCGGAACACCCCAGGAUCUCCAAAGCGGAACUGGAGCACAUCGAGACGACGGUGCAAGAGAGUGGCUUCUUCUGUGGCGGUGAUGGUGCAGGGCAGAAGCAGCACUACCAUCGCCCACAGCGUGUGCCGUGGAAGCAAAUGUUUUGCAGCCUGCCAGUGUGGGCCAUCCUGGUGCAUGGCAUGGGAAACACCUGGGGCAUCAGCAUAUACUACUCUCAGCUGCCCACAUACAUGAAGAACAUCCUCGGUUUCUCCAUAAAGUCGAACGGCGUAGUGUCAGGGCUACCGUUCCUUACGCGGUAUUUGGGCGCCAUCACGUGGAGCAGCCUCGGCGACGCCCUCACCUCCCGCAACUACAUCUCCGUGCUCACCUGCCGCCGAGUCGCCAGCAUGAUUGGAAUGUGGGGGCCGGCAGUAAUGUUGGUUUGCGUCGCCUACAUUGGUUGCCACUGGCAGGCAGUGGUCAUCUUCAUGUGUAUAGCACUGUUUUGUAACGGUGCCAUCUCCUCCUCUGCUAUGGUUAACCAUACAGACAUCGCACCCAACUUUGCCGCCACGGUGUUUGGUGUGGACAACACUAUGGCCAGCGUGGUGUCCUCCAUCGGCCCGGUUGUCGUCGGGGUGAUGACAGACGGACAGCAAAUGGUAGCCCAGUGGCAGAAGGUAUUUUGGACAUGCGUGCCGAUCUAUUUCUUCACUGAAGUCUUCUACCUCGCCUUCGCCUCUGCCACUGUUCAGCCUUGGAAUUACAUUGGACAAAUUCUUCCAUAUAAAGAAGAAAAUCAAGAUGAAGAAGAGCAAAGACAAAUCCAACAUCUGUAAUUAACACAUUAUGCUUUAACCUAAGCUCAAAUACUAGAGGAAAAAAAAAAUGCAGACAAUGCCUUCCGUGUACCGGAUUAACACUGGGCGGGCAACUUCAUCUCGUCGCACAGAACUGAGUAUUUCAUUCCAAUAUGAAUGUAAUGUGUACAAUGAGUUGAAGUCCAUUAAUGGAUUUAAUAAAACUAUAGG